UUUCUUGACUAGAUUCCCACAAUGCUGUGGUGCAGUAGGCCUGCUGUUAUUGGUCCGUUUUUUAUGUUUGAUGUAAUUUGAUCUUUGAAAAAGGUGUUUUCCCACCCUUUUAGUCCACUUUGUACCCAGUGCUGAUGGGAAUCCUGACAGACGCGGUUCACACACUCUGAGCGUUCACACAGAUUUGUUUAAUCCUCAGAGCGAUGAUCAUUUGCCUGUUUAAUGAGCAGAUCAUGAAAAACAGAAGAACCUCCAGCAUUAGCGCUCGAGGGUUUGUGGGAGUGACGUGGGACUCUAUCUGUCGUGUAUCAUCUUUGCUGUUUGGGGGCCGCUGUCAUUGAGGGAGUGGCGCACAUGAAGACCAGCUAUAAACCAUGGGCUUCACACCAUCCUGCACUACACACACCUCUCCCAUCAUAGGUGUAUCAUCUGGAUCAUCACCGUCUUGCGUCUGUUCACCGUCAACAUGUCCUUCAGCAGAACUCAGCACUUCUCAGGCAGGUCUCUCUCCACUAGCCGCUCAAUGGCUCCGGUUAGUUUCUCCAGCUUCAGAAGUCAGUCGGCUGGGUUAGGGUUUGGAUCCGGCUCUGGAUCGGGCUACGGGUCCGGUGCCGGUUCAGGGUUUGGGUCUGGUUUUGGGUCUGGGUCAGGAUUUGGGGUGGGUGGAGGUUCUCUCUCGGGGGGUUUGAGGACGGUUGGAGGCUCUCUCUCGGCCGUAAGUGGAGGUCACGCUGGGGCCAGUUUCAGGGCCGCCUCGGGCUCUUUCUCAGAAGCCGUGUCCAACGUUAUCAAUGACAAACAGCAGCUGCAGGCUCUGAACGAUCGUCUCGCGACGUACCUGGAGAAGGUGAAGCGCCUGGAGACCACGAACCUGGAGCUCAACGAGAAGCUCCGUGCGUUCACCGUCAACCGAGUCCAGAGCAGCGUCAACCUGGAGCCCUACGAGAUGCAGAUCAAACCACUGCGGGAGAAGCUUCUGGUUCUCCUUCAGGAGCACACGCGCAUCGCUUUAGUCAUGGACAACACCAAACUGGCUGCUGAUGAUUUCAGAAUGAAGUUCGAGACGGAGCUGUCCAUGCGUCAGUCUGUGGAGGGAGACAUCGCAGGUCUGAAGGCGCUGAAGAAAGAGUACGAGUCCACCAACAGUGCGUUGCUGCAGGAGAUCACGGGCCUGACGAAGGAGUGCGCCGCUCUCAGAAAACUCCAGCACGAGGAGAUGAUGUCACUGCGAGGUCAGAUGGUCGGCACGGUGACGGUGGAUGUGAAGCAGGUCGAGAGCACGGAUCUGUCCCGAGUGCUGGCCGAGAUCCGCUCAGAGUACGAGAUGCUCAUCGAGAAGAACCGCAGAGAGCUGGAGAGCUGGUACACCAGACAGGUGGAGAAGAAGCAGGAGGAGGCGACGCUGAUCACUGAGACGACCAUCAGCGGAAGUUCAGAGGUCACAGUCAAACGCAAACAAACCCUGAUCCUGCAGACACAGCUGGAGUCCUCACUGAUGGAGAAGGCGAGUGUGGAGCAGCGUCUGGUGGAGCUGCAGGCGCAGUAUCAGGCGCAGAUCUUCUCGCUCAGUCAGCUGGCCGGCGGCCUGGAGGGGGAGCUGUCGUCCGUGCGCGAGAGUGCGAUGCAGCAGAGCCGCGACUAUCAGCUGCUGCUGAGCACCAAAGUGCAGCUGGAGCGCGAGAUCAGCACCUAUAAAGCCCUGCUAGAGGGCGCCGGAGAGUUCACCGGCCUCGGCGCAUCAGUUCCUGCGGGAGCCGCGGCGAGUGGAAUCGCUGUCAGCUGGUCGAGCAAGACGACAGUGGGCGGAGCUAUAGCUGAUACAGAGCUGUCAGUGGGUGGAGCUAUAGCCGAUACAGAGCUGUCAGUGGGCGGAGCUAUAGCCUAUACAGAGCUUACAGAGCUGUCAGUGGGCGGAGCUAUAGCCGAUACAGAGCUGUCAGUGGGCGGAGCUACAGCCGAUGUAGUGGCUUCAGUGGGCGGAGCUACAGCUGACGUAGUGGCUUCAGUGGGAGGAGCUACAGCCGAUGUAGUGGCUUCAGUGGGCGGAGCUACAGCGGAUGUAGUGGCUUCAGUGGGCGGAGCUACAGCAGCUGAGAUUUAAAGUCCACCGGAGGGUCAUCGUGGUCUGAGUGAUGUCAUCGCCGCUCAACCAAUCCAAACCCGAUGUGUGUUUAAUGCUGCGUAACUCUGUCCAGCAUCAAUAAACUCAAACCCCUU